GAGUUCACAUGUCCAAACCCUGGUUUGUUAUCCUGCUCUCUACCAAAAGGUUCUAAUCCGCUUGUCGAAACUGUUGAUCUACUAAAACCUACUGGUUUUUGCAGAGGGAAAUGGCUUUCCUGCUCCGAAAUAUCAUGGGGAACUGCCUGUGGCAAAGCAGAGCAAAGGAAGAAACCGAGGAAAUUCUGGAGGAACAAGUGAAGGAAAGUGGGGUUGGGAAAAGUAGCGUGAAGGUGAAGAUAGUGGUUUCAAAGGAGGAGUUAGAGGUGUUGUUGCUUAAGCUCAAGGAUAAUGGAGGAAAGAGCUUAGAAGAGGUUUUGGAAGAAGUUGAGAAAGUGAGAUCAGAGAAGGUUGCAGGAUGGAGACCUUCAUUGGAGAGUAUCAUGGAGGACCCUGAAGGGCCUGAAAGGGAUAGAUGAUGAAUCUUCAUUUUUUUUUUCUUCUUGCUCUAUUUCUUCUUUACCUUUUUGUCCUAUUUUGUACUUUUAUGCUAAUUAAUUAAGAGUAGUAGAAAUCAAGGUCUCAAGUCAUUGUGAUGAAUUGAUGAUCUCCUUGAUUCUGGAAUUUUGGUUUGGGCGAUGACCCAAAUUUAGAAGCUUUCUCAUGUUUAUUACCAUCUAUUUGUUUUUCGAAAUAGAAAGGGAUGAUGUAUUGACUCAAUAGUUUUGAAUAUAAUUAGCAAUAUAGCUAUAUAUGGCACUUGAUUUUGUAAGCGAUGCCUUUGAUAUGUGAUGAAGUUUGUCUUUCUCACCGAAAUUUCUUUUCAUUUUUUGAUGGGGGUUCAAACUAGUAUAUAUAUAUAUAUAUCGUGAGUGCUCAAAAAUCACUUCAAAUUACAAGUUUUUUUUCCUUUUUUGGCCUUCAAAUUACAGGUUAUUCAUCAUCGUUUUGUAGGAAGAAAAGUGAGGAUUUUGGAAGAAGGAAGAAAAGUGAGGAUUUUGGAAGAAGGAAAAAAACAGAGAAGUGAUGCCUUAAAUUUUCUCGAGUAGUAGUUGGUUUGACAGAGUCUUAUGCUUUAGUCACCUAACCCAAAUGCAUUUCUCCAUCAAUAACCUCGAGAUUUGGGU